AUGGAACGAUCACUCAACAGACACAACACCAUCAACGGGUUUGAAGAAGAAAAAGAAGAAGACGACUGUCAUCAUCAGAUGAAACAACAACAAAAAACGCUGUCGGAAUUCAAUAAAAAAAUUCCUUUGAUUUCUUCGAGCAAGGGAAAAGAGGAGACACAGAAGGAAGCGAAGAACGCCUUUGCCGCUCCCUUUAAGCGAAAGAAUUUUUCUUCCGAAGAAGGAGGAGACAGGGAAGAGGAAGAGGAAGAGAAGAAGAGAAGCAAAGGAAGCGAAGAGGGAGACGCAUACGGCGAGGAUGAGGAUAAGAACACGCCGCCGACGAGAGCAGCGCCUACUGCGCGAGAAAGAACAACGUUGAAAGAGACAGAAGAGGACGAUGACGACGAUGAAGAAGCGAUUUUAGGGACAGAUGUGAAAGGCGAGAAGAGCGAGCGGAUUUCACCUGUCGGUAUCGAUAAGGAAGAAAAACCGGACGUGGAAGAGGAGAAGGCGAACGAGGAGAGAGCCGCGCGGGAGGCGAGCAAAGAGGCGACGACGACGACGACAACGACGAGUGUUGGUAAUACUAACGGUGAAGAAGAACAAAGGAAGAUGUCGGUGUUAGAGCUCCACUUCGGGAAACGGAAACCAAAUCCUCCGAAAGAGCUCAAGUACGACCAGAAACCGAAAGAAAUGGAACCAAAUGCGGAGCCGUUGCCGGAGGAGUUGGAGGAGUGGAAACAGUUCGCCGAGCAACAGUUGGCAAAUUUGGUGAAUUUAAUGAGACAGAAAAUAAUCGAUUGUUUUCACGUGAGAAUAGCGAUAUCGGUGAUGAUGAUAGCCUGUCCAGCGAAAGAGUUGAGAGAGGUGCUGAAGGAUUUAAGAGACAUGAAAGUGAUUGGAAAUACCAUGCGACCGUAUUUGAUUUAUUUGAGAGAAAUUUUAGACGGGUGCGGCGAGAAGUAUCGAGAUAAGUUAGACGCGGACAUGGAGUUUUCCUCCUCGGAUGAAGACGAGUCUUCUUCGAGCGAUGACGACGAUGAUGAUGACGACGAGUCGGACUCCGAGGAAAUUCCUGAAAUCACCCGCGGCAAUGGCCCGCUCGCCACGACUGCGCAAGUUCGCGACGCUACAAAAAUACAAGGGUGUUCGUCCUCCUCGGAGGAGUCCGACGGCGACAACGACGAGGAAGAUGAUAACUCCUCCUCUGAAGAAGAAGAAGAAGAAGAAGACGUGAUGAAAAAACCUAAAUACGACCGCCAACGAUGCCAACUCUUCUCUAAAUUCCUCGGUCGUUUCAUGAUUGAAAACAGAGUCCAAGAGCAAGUCGAAGCCGCUCGCCUUCUCCGCGCGGACGAGUGUCGAGAGUUUUCCAACGAAGAGUGCGUCCAGUUUUUAGAUCUCUUGCAGCGACAGGGGAAAAUCAUGAUCGACGGGCCCAUUAUUCACGUCAUAUAG